AUGGGGUUCGUUAUGUGGUCUCGGAUGCUAAUAUUAUGUGUAAUCCCGAUCACCGUUACAUCAAUUACAAUAUCAUCAAAUGGAAACAGUCCAGAAAUAAAAAUUGUUGGAGGGACGAUGGUUGACUUACAGAAAGGUUUUAUUCCUUCACAAUUAAAAGCUGAUGACAAUACUAUUAAGAAAAAUAUUGAUAAAACUAAAAUUCAAAGAGGCAAUUCAACAAAGCUAGCUAUAAAUGAAAGAUAUAGACGAUUAAUACCGUACAUGACAUUUUAUUAUGCCAAUGACCUAGUGGCGCCAACUAGAGAAGCAUACAACACGAAGAGCGUUGAGGUAGAAAAGGCACACAUUAUUGAAGCUGAUACAAUUGAUACACAAAAUCAUCUUAGACCUAAGACCUAUUAUCAGAAUAAAAUUCCAAGAUAUCAAGGUAAUCGACUAACACAUUUCAACAUAGCCUCUGCAAAUCCAACAAAAAUAUUUUAUAAUAAAGGUUACCCUGUAGUACUACAAAAUGUACCAAAGGUAUCAACGAAAUAUAACCCAUUGUUGUUAGAGUACGAUACCAGAGAAAACUUUCAUAGAGACUAUAAUAGAUAUAUUCCAAAGGAAUUCAAAGCGCCAAGCGUUUCAUAUACAUCAACUAGAGAGCCUUAUCUUAAUUUUUAUCAAAAUGAAGAGUCAGAUAAUUUUGACUAUUAUUUGCAUGAAAAAGAACAGGUAAAGUAUAAACUUGUGCCGUAUGAAAAUACUCCACCAGUAAAAAAUGUGCCUCAAAUUGAAUUUAAUAAUACACCCAAGAAAUAUUAUAACAUCGCGGCAUCAGUUCCAAACGAUCCUGUAUAUAUAAAAGCAAGACCUCGUCCUCAAUAUAACUCUGAUGAAGUUGUGUUUCAACAAUCUAAAUAUCGAAAGCCUCCUACUACAAUUUCCGAAAAUUAUUAUGAACAGCAGAUUCCCGUACACGCUCAACCAAUUUUAGAAUCUGGAUUUAAGCCAAUAAUUAGUCAUACCACUGAAACAGUAAAUACUCCGGCGUACACAUCAACUUUAGCUAAUCCGCCUUACCCACAUUAUCAGACCGAGAAAGCUCAAGAAUUGCAAAUUGAAAGUGCACCUAUAGCUCCACAAAAUGAAGAUGAACCAGAAUAUUACCAAUAUGAUGUUGAACAGCCUACCUACAAACCGCAGCCUGUUUCUUCUGACGCAAUAACUCUUGCAGAUCUUUUGAAUUCCUUACAACUUAACAAGUUUAUCCCGAAACCAAUCACGAAAGAAAAUGUGGGCUCUUCUAUAAGAAUUUUGAUACAAGCAUUGAACAUGUUGAAGGGAAAGCUUCAACAAAGUGAAGUCGAGCCACCAGUUCUUAGUUCACCUGCUCCAUUUGAAGCACCAAAGGUUUCAGUAACUACUAAAAAACCGAUACUAUAUACUACUACGGAUCCCGCAGCGGAAGCUAACUUAAAUGCGGACUCAUAUCUGGCAAAAGUUGAAAAUCCAUCGCAACAUUUAGAUGAUUAUACCAGUACUAGUCAGCGGUUUCCAUUACCUAUAACAUCUGAUGAGGAAGGUGGUACGCCGGGACGGCCUGAUAUCGAUUACCCAAUUUUAACCACAAUCCCGCAAACAAAAUUCAAUUGUAAGACUCAAAGAUAUAAAGGUUUCUUUGCUGAUCCAGACACCAGAUGUCAGGUAUGGCAUUACUGCGAUUUGAAUGGAGGACAAGCAUCGUUUUUAUGUCCAAACGGAACUAUUUUCUCUCAGGCCGGCCUUACCUGUGACUGGUGGUUCAAUGUUAAGUGCUCCUCCACUGCUCAGCUUUACGUAUUAAACGAAAGUCUGUACAAGUAUAUCUUGCCACAUUCACCUAAAUUUCCAGAAGAUUACAGUGGACCUUUAGUAGAUAAGUACUUAACACUGAAGUUUAAAGAAAUGGAAGAAGAAUUCAAAAAGAAUAAGAACAAAAAUAAGACUUCUUCAGAAAAUAAAGACUCUGACGAAGACAAAGGUAACGAUGACAGCAAAAAAGAUUUAGUUAAUACGGACGAAGAAAAAGAUCGAGGUGUAAAGAAUAACGUGAAUAAUGUCAGUGAAUCCAGUGUUAUUGUAGCAACAUCCGGUGCCAGUGGUAAUGUAGAAAGGCUAGGAGAAUGA